AUGCCCCAAGAGCCUUUUGCCGAUGAUCUGAAAGACACUAUGAGCACGCCUCCGUCUUCUCUUCGUAUCAGAACAGUGGGGGUUAUCGGUGCCGGCCUCAGCGGCAUCGUUACGGCUGCGCAUUUGCUGCGUUCUGGAAUGAAUGUCACUGUUUUCGAGCGAUCGGACAGUCCUGGUGGUGCCUGGAAGUUCAGCCCACAAGCAGAUCGGGACCCGCCGUUUCCCAACAUUCGACCACCGGCCGCAGACUGGCAUGAACUAGAAGAAUUGCGAGCAAGUGGACUGGACCUCGAGGGCGCGCUGAAAAUAUUCGACCCACCGGGCCCAGUGUAUGCUAAUAUGAAGAGCCGGGGCAGUGAGGGAAUCAUGCGCACCUCGCUUGAGGACUGGCCGGAGGGGAAACGCGCGCCCUUGGAUCAUACCGACGUGGUCGCUUAUCUUCAGCGAAUUGCUCGGAUUCAUCACGUCCAGGAGAGAAUUCUCUACCGCACGCAGGUCGAAUCGGUUCUCAAGGGCGCCGAGGACGACAAAUGGCAGAUCCAGACCUCGAAGCUGACUGCUUCCUCCUCGAGCUACACACUAAGCAAGGAGUCCUGGAGCUUUGACGCCGUUGUGGUGGCUUCAGGCAGAUACGGCCCGCCGCGUGUGCCCGACAUACCAGGACUCUCCACAUGGAAGCGCAGAUUCCCAGGCCGAGUGACGCACGCAAAGCAAUACCGCUUUCCCGCGCCCUACCGUGGCAGAACGGUGCUGAUCAUCGGGGCGCACAUUUCGGCCUUGGAGAUCGCAAACGAGCUUGUCAAGGACGGCGCCCGGGUUUACCAGAGCGCCAGAGACACCAGAGCUGAUUUCAGAGACAAAGUGAAUCACGAAAAUGCCGAGAAAGUGGCCAUGGUCGCCGAGUUUACUCUCGGGGGCGGCAACGUGGCUCAACGCACGCUAGGCCCGACGACUUUAGAUGAUGACAGGCCCAUUCCAGGGAAGGCACGCCUUCAAGAUGGUCGGGUCAUAGAAGAAAUCCACCAUGUCAUAAUUGCGACGGGCUACCUGACCGUGUUUCCAUUCCUUGGUCCCUUGCUACAACAACCGGAUACUACAGCCUUGCAAGACGCAGACGAAACGGUCGUCACUACUGCCGACGGCAGGACGGUUCACAAUCUACACGAAGACAUAUUCUACAUCCCCGACCCAACUCUCGCAUUCAUAGGCGUCUCUCACUUCGCAUCGACCUUUUCACUAUACGACUUCCAGGCCCAGGUCCUCGUUGUCGUGUUCUCAGGCAAAGUCCGGCUCCCCCCAAAAGCCGAGAUGCGGGCGGAACAGAGGCGCAGGAAGGACCGGUUGCUGCCCGGGACUGUCAUCAAUAGCAUAUUCCUGUUGGACGACUUCGUGAUUGGCAGGCUGAUGCGUUGGGCCAAUAAGGAUUUGGUGUCUGGAUAA